AAUUCGACUGAAAGUAAACGAAAAGGAAACAAGCAUCUAUCGUAUUAUUACAAUAUUAUGUUGUAAUUAAUAUUAUCGACUGUUAACCAUUUUUAUUAUAAGUUCGAGGAUAUUAGAUGGAUUAAUAUUGCUUACAAAUCACACCUAUUUUUGUUUUUUCUUUUCAAAAAUUAAAAUUGUUUUUUAUUUCAUCACUGCUUAUAAUAUUAGAAAAAUCAAGUGACGUUGAUAACAUGACGAUGAGCGUAACGAUAACGGUACUAUGCAUUCUUGGUUCAACAUUUUUGUUAAUAAUGCCGGAUAACACGACAGCAUCAGAUAAGUUCUUUCAAACCGGCGGCCGCUUUGGUAAAAGACACGAUGACCAUAUACCAGAUAUUCGUUAUGCUGCCAUGGUAAAAACACGAUCGGUGGACAAUGUACCACCUAGGAUAGAAAGAGGUUUUUACAUAUCAAGGUACGGUAAACGAAGUACUAACUCAAUUACAGAUCCUUACUAUUUUACACUUUGUUUGCCGUCCUAUGGUAUAUAUUGUGAUUUCACAGGAUUACCUAAUUUACUUCGUUGCAAAAGGAUCCAACCUGGAGCAUGCUCGAAUCUAAAUUAUGUCAACGAAAAAACUCAGAUGAAGCCCGACAAUGACAUAAUCAUUUAAAUUGUUAGUAAUAUUUCUCAAUAGCCUAGUUUAAAUAUACAUUUAAUAAAUUAUCUAAAUACUAUUAUAUGACUAGAAUUUUAAGCGAUUGUAAUAAAAUUUUGUGAAUUAAUAACAUUUCAUUUUACUAGAAUAUUUUAUGUUGUAUUCAUUUUUUUAGCGAGUCCUAUUGAUUUUAUAAGUAUUAUAACUUAUAAAGAAAAAACGUAUCUCCUAUAGUAUAAUUAAAAAUAUUGAUAAUUUUGAAUUAUAAUGUAUUCAAACAUUUAGUAGACAUUGACGAUUUGCAGUUUAAUUUAGAAAUGUGGAGUACUAGAGUGGAAAAUUCUAAUUAUUUCUUUCUAAUAAUACAUCAAUUUUCAUAAAAAGUAAUUGUUGAAGUAAAGGUAUUCCAAAAUAGUUUUUAUUUUGUAAAUAUGUUCCAAAUAAUUAAAAUGUAAUUUUUUUGAACUCAAACAAUAUCAAUAAUAAAUAUGGUCUUAGGAUCAGAAUACGCUGGCAAUUUAUCUUAAAUAUACAAUACCUAAUAUGUAAUCUGUAAUUUUUAUUUAUUAUUAAAAGUAAUUAAAAUACCUAAAUUAUUUAAAUAA